CCCAACACUUAUAUCACUACACAACAGCAUGCCACAGCUGCACAGUGUGUGUGUGUAACCGCAGCCCGAGGACACGACACAACACAACACAAAGGAGCUGACACCAGGGUGAAGGAAAAUGUGGCUGCCUUUGAUUGGACUGACCGGCCUGCCCCACCUGGGGGGGCUCUACGGGGGCUUCAUCACACGCAAAGAGGUGAAGACCUGGUACCCAACCCUGAAGAAACCAUCAUGGCGCCCGCCCAACGCUGCGUUCCCUGUAGUCUGGACUUGUCUGUACACGGGCAUGGGGUACGGCUCCUACCUGAUGUGGAAGGAACUUGGAGGUUUCACUGAGGAUGCACUGGUUCCACUGGGACUCUACGGGCUACAACUAGCUCUGAACUGGGCCUGGACUCCUAUUUUCUUUGGUGCACACAAGCUAAAACUGGCCCUCAUGGAGAUUGUGCUCCUCACUGGGACUGUCGGAGCCACCAUGGUGUCUUGGUAUCCCGUCAGCCGCACCGCCACUCUGCUCAUGGCGCCUUACCUGACCUGGCUAUUCAUCGCCACCUCUCUCAACUACUGCAUAUGGAGAGACAACCCUGAGGAAAAGGAGGAAAAGGAGGAGUAGAGGACGACUCAUUGCACUUUGACCGGAGCACUUCAAUUCAGAAUCAGGACAUAAUUCACUGUUUUUAAAUCAAUUUGAGAUUCACAAACUAGACCGACUGUGAUGGAGGAAUGAUGGAAAAAAAUCACCUCGUCAAAGACCGAUCAAUAUCUGUGUAUGUGAAGGCCAAUAUUCAAAAUAACGUAUCCAUUCAAAGUAUGUCAUCAGAAUUUGUCCACGUCCAUAUUGAGCACACAAAGGCAAUAUUCACCGUGCUACAUGUUUAAAAAGUUGUGAUUUCUUUAAAAAUUGAAUGUAUUGGUUUUUUAAAUGAAAACUGUCCCGUGCUUUAAUGAAGGAAGAUUUUUUUUUAGUUACUGCUAUAAAUCUGCUAAAAUAAAAGAUUUACCUCCAAAUUA